AUGCGUGCGUAUGUGAUGCAAAUAUUUAUCCUUUAUCUCGCUGUUGUACACUCAUUUUUGCUUCCGGCUUCGCGGCUCAAGCCGUCUUUCAAAAAAGUACAGAACAGGACACGUGGUACAACCGUGAUCAGAAUCGGUGUGCAUGCCGAUGGUACCGCAAUAGUUGCUCUCCGAGCAGCGUUGUCUGUCGAGUUCAGUUCGGAUCUCAACGCGCUCAGCACCGUGACCAAGUUCUUUGGCGGCAUAUUCGACAUCAUAAACGAGGACAUACAAAAUCUUGGCAUACAGGUACGUGGCGACUUCACAAAGGUUGUUUUGGAGGGCAUGCCGUACGACAUAACGAAGUGUAUAGAGGGCAAUCCGGUACUGGCACGAACAAACAUAGUUAAAACCGCUUUUACCGCUCAGAUGGGCCCGAGAAUGGGGAAUGACCUGGUGCUACUGUUCUGCCCCGAGCGUGUUAUUCUACCGCCCAACAGCGCGCUGCUAAGCAAUAGUAGCUGCAGCAACACGGCAGGCGUGAUGUACGGCGAGUUGCGUGCCCUGAAAGAGAUAAUAACAGACACGGUGUACAAAAUGAUAUCGUCUGGUACCAGCCGACCGCUCAACAACACGGCAAACUUUGAGCGGAAUGCUCAGAAGUACGUAUCGGAAUGCAUAGGGGGCGAGAAGAACGCGUUUGGCGAGUUUGUACGCGAUCUGAAAGCGGUGCGGCACUUGUCGAGCGAGCGGUUUAUUCUCGAAAACGGCUCUAAGCUUAAGGAGCAUGACUUGAUGGAUGAUGUGUACCUGUUAAAGAACAGAAAACGGAUCGUGGGAUAUCCAACGGAGGACUACUCGAAUGAUGAUGAGCUGUACUCUGAUUUUAACAAGGAGUGA